AUGGACUUCACAGCUAAGAUGGAGAUCUGCGUCAGCCAGCAGCAGCUCCUGCAGCCCGCCUGCUUCUUCUCCUCCAUGGCUCCUCAGAGUGUCCAGCUGAGCCCGACCAGCAGCACCAGCAGCUCCAAGUCGGGCUCCAAGCCUCCCAAGAGGCAGCGCUCCUCCUCCCCGGAGCUGCUGAGGUGCAAGCGGAGACUGAACUUUGCAGGUUUUGGGUACAGCCUCCCUCCGCAGCAGCCGCACGCAGUGGCCCGGAGGAACGAGAGGGAGCGCAACCGGGUGAAGCUGGUCAACAAUGGGUUCGCCACCCUGAGGGAGCAUGUUCCCAACGGAGCCGCCAACAAGAAGAUGAGCAAGGUGGAGACCCUGCGCUCGGCCGUGGAGUACAUCCGAGCCCUGCAGCAGCUUCUGGAUGAGCACGACGCGGUGAGUGCGGCUUUCCAGUCCGGUGUGCUGUCUCCAGACAUGUCGCAGGGAUACUCUGGGGACAUGAACUCCAUGGCGGGUUCACCGGUGUCCUCUUACUCAUCUGAUGAGGGCUCCUACGACCCCCUCAGCCCGGAGGAGCAGGAGCUGCUGGACUUCACCAACUGGUUCUGA